UUGGCUCCAAGAUUUAUGUCUUUGGUGGGCAGGUUGAAGGGUAUUUUUUCAACGACCUCGUCGCCUUUGACCUGAAUCAAUUACAAAAUCCGUCGAAUAAGUGGGAGGUUUUAAUCCGAAGCAGUCACGAUGGUGGUCCACCUCCUGGCCAGAUACCCCCUGCCCGGACUAACCAUUCAAUUGUCAGCUUCAAUGACAGGUUGUACCUGUAAGUCUCGCAUCUAAGGAUUUCCCUUGUCCAAUAAUGUAUGGCUCGCUCACUCUCAGCUAGGUUUGGAGGAACGAACGGUCUACAGUGGUUCAACGACGUGUGGACCUAUGAUCCUCGCGCUAAUCAGUGGACUCAACUAGAUUGUGUUGGGUUUAUCCCUACACCGCGAGAAGGGCAUGCAGCCGCUCUUGUAAACGAUGUCAUGUACAUAUUCGGCGGCCGCACAGACGAGGGAAUCGACCUUGGGGACCUAGCUGCUUUCCGCAUCACGACUAAGCGGUGGUAUUCUUUUCAGAACAUGGGACCUGCACCUUCACCAAGGUCGGGACACAGUAUGACGGCUUUCGGGAAACAAAUUAUCGUUAUGGCGGGUGAACCAAGCUCUGCGCCAAGGGACCCUGUGGAGCUUAGCAUGGUAUAUAUUCUCGAUACGUCCAAAAUUCGCUAUCCAACUGAGGGUCAGAAUGGAGAUAGAGUCCCACCUCCAGGGAUGAGAAAAGGCAGUACAGACCGACAAAGUCCACAGACGGGUCGAACAUCUCGUGAGGCACAUAGUCAACCUUCAGAUCCACGGCGACCAGGCGCCUCGCGCGAAAGCAUGAUGAGCCCGACCGGUAGACCAGCAGACUUUGGUUCUAGCCCAGGGCCCGGGUCUCGGCUCCCUCGGGCCUCUAUAGCGCAGGCCCCAUCAGGUCCUCCUCCACCGGGCCAAGCUCCCACACCUGGUCCUCGGGGGAGCACUCCCCAGAAUGCCAUGAAUCCACGAAGCAAAACCCCUACAAAGAUGGAUCGGUCGUAUGGCGGCCCGCUUGUGGAUACUGUUCGAGCGAUGACCUCUGAUCGGGAUAGGGAAUCUCCAGUGGCAAAAGAAUCCCCAAAAGAGCCCAAGCCUGCUAACGAUCCCAAUUCUGGGCCAGGUGAUCGUCGGACGCCUACCCAACAGUCGAGAAUGUCCGCCAAGGCCAUGGAGGCUGGCGAGGCAGCCCCGCUUAUCAGUGCGCCAACUAGGCAGCGGUCGCUGCGUCAACAUCGACAGCGCAGCUCUAUGGACAGCGCAGACGAAUCUGUCCUGGGUCGAAACGCCAGUAUUGACGGUUCUGUGGACUCUCGAGGUUACAGAAACUCCAAGACCCUAGGCGAUGAACCCCGUUCGCCAAGGUUGACUGCCCAUCAAGAAGCUCUCAUCAAGGAGCUUGAGGCUGUGAAAAAUCGCAAUGCGUGGUAUGCUUCCGAGCUUGCAUUGGCCAAAAAGGCUGGUUACACGCCGAGCCCCUCAAGUAUCCCAGCUUUAGACGAACGUGUAGGCGAUGCGUUCGCUGAUGAGGAUCGUCCUCUCAUUGAGGCGUUUCUUGCAAUGCGGGCAGAACUCGCGAAGAUGCAAGCAACCGUAGAUCGCCAAGCUGCCAUUGCAUCCAAGCGGGUAGCUGAGGUCGAACAUCAAAGAGACGUGGCUGUCAAUGAAGCGGCUUAUUCUCGUGCUAAGCUUGCCGCUCAUGGUGGUAGUCAAAGAGGAACUCCCCAACCUGAUCGGCGUUCCCAGGAUCCCGAAGAAGUGAUGACCGAGAGGGGGACGGAUAUCAGCAGAAGAUUGGCUUUGGCCCUUACGUCUCAAAAUGAGCUCAAAUCAAAAUUGGAUAUGGUUAUCAGUGAACUGGAGCAAGAAAAACGAGGUAGGGAGCUUGCCGAAGAGACAUGUGAAGCUACCAGAAGACGUCUAGCUGAACUCGAGAUGCAAAAUAACGCUUUGGAGGCAGAGAGUUUGCGUGCGGAACUCCAUCAGCUGGAAGCUUCGAUGCGGGAAGAGGCCUUACUACGAGCUGAAGCAGAAUCUGCUACGAAACAGUUGACCUUGGAUAAGGAAGAGCUAAUGAAGAAACUUGAGGACUCUUCGACGCAUCUGAAAGACUUUGGUACUAACCUGGGCACUCUCCGAGAGGCUGUGUCUGCAUCUUCAGGUAAAGCGGCCCUUCUUGAAAAGCAAUUAGAUGAGGAGCGCGAACGUCGCGAGGGGUUGGAGAGAAAAUUACUUCAACUUAGAUCCGAGCACGAAGAACAGAGUGCGGAGCUUGAAAAUACUACUCGCCGUCUGCGGGAUGCGGAAGAGCUUGCAGAUAGCAAUGCCAGAGAGGCUGAGACUCACAAGAAUGCGUUCUUGUCAGGACUUGAUCGUGCAUCAUCAUUUGAUUCUGAUUCUUCUAUACGGUCGCUCGCAGACCAGCGUGUUACUGCAUUGGAGGCACAGGUGGAAAGGGCGAACACGCUGGCAAAAGCUAGCCAAACGGCUGCAGAUGAAGCAGCGGACAAACUCCGCCGUGCAGAAGAAAGGAUUGCAGGGUUAGAAGCAUACCAGGAGCAAGCUAGUAGAGAAGGUUUGCAGCUUCGAAGGCAGCUCCAGGCAGCUAUGAAAGACGGCCAAGCUCACGCCGCUGAGAACAGAGAGCUGAAGGCCCAGCUUGAAAAUAACCAGCGGGAGGCUGGUGCCUUGGCCAUCCAACACGCCGCCCUCAAAGAUCUCCUUGGCGAGCGUGGUGUCAACUAUACUGAUAGCAGACGUUCUCCUCGACUAGAUUCCCCUGGCUCUCGGUUUGGAACGCCUGAACAAACUAGACUUCGGGAACUUGAGCAACAACUCUCGACCAGUCUCAAGGCUCAUGAGGAAAUGAAGGCGUCAUUUGAGUCCCGCGAACAAGAGGCUGAUCGUGCAUAUAAGGAGAAGCUGGAACAACUUCGGUAUAAGUCUCAGAAUGCAAAAAUCCAGUCUGAACUAGAAGUGGCGCAGGGUAGCGCGGCCCAAACUUCUAGUGGAUUAAUGCAGGAGUGGGAGACUGAGCGCACACAACUUCAACGGUCUCUCGCUGAUCUACAACAAAAUACAUCGUCCUCUAUCGCAAAGCUUGAGAGCGAAAUCGCCAAGUUGAAAGACGAUCUCUCUGCCGCCGAGGCUGACACAGAAAAGUCUCGAUCAGAAUAUGAAAGCACUAAGCAAGAACUGAUUGCUUCGGUGGAAAAGGGCCGCGCCGAGCUAGAUCAACUCAAACGCGAAAACUCUCUGCUGGAAAGUCGUGCUUCGGAUGCCGAACAGAAGGUCAACAUGCUUUUAGACCAAGUGGAGGCCUCAGUUGGUCAUUACCGUCGACAGUCUCAGCAUGGCCAAAACAUGAAUGGCAUCUCACGCACCUAUAGCAAUGCCUCGAGCAAUACUGUCAGCAGAUCUCGAGCCGACAGUGCUGUGUCACAAGAUCAUCCUUUCCCUGAUAAUCGCGGUUCUAUGGCUUUGGAUUCCUUGGCUAAUGAGUUGGAAGCCUUGCGUAACCACUGGGAAAGUACUAACCGGAAUUACCGGUUGAGUACUCAGUCUGACUUCGAUCGAACCCCUACCAAAGAGACAGGGCUGAGCGACAGCCUAGCUGAAUGGAGGCGACGCUUGGACGAGGAUGAUACCAGGGCAAGUUCCCCCGAGAAAAGCAAGCCCCGGAACACAGAAGGGGGCCCUACAACAGCAAACAUGAUUUGAAAAGCUCAGCCGUAUAUGGUUAAUUUGUCUAUACUCUAUUGGUAAACAUGCGCUGAAGUCUGAGACUAGCAGAGCCAUGGUUAUUCGUCC